AUGUUUAGCAUAAUUAAUUGCGGUGGAGGUUUACUAGUGACCCCUGUGGCGCUGGAAGUGUUAAACAAUCAGUUAGCCCAUAAAGUUAUGAUUUCAAAUGAAGAUUCUGCGUCAAGCAAUUCAACUGAUGAUAUAUUUUUACCAAAUCUUUCCAAACGAUGCCGAGUGUUGUCAGAUAGUGAGGAAAGUUCUUCGAGUAGUUCGUCUGAUAUGAUAAUACCAUAUUCAGUAGGUCGCCAUCGAAUUGAAUCAUAUAGUGAAAGCGAAUUUGAAGAUGACGGUAAUAAUGACGAAAAUAAUACACAAGAAGAAGUACGUGAUUUAAAUUGGCAUAUACCUUCGUGUAAUCAACCAAAGAUUAUAUUUUCUAAUUCAUCGGGGAUCAAUACACAUCAUUCUGAAAUUUUUGAAUUUAUCGAACCGCAUAGUUUUUAUUGUCUUUUUGUUUCGAAUGAAAUAUUUGAAAUAAUUGCAAACCAAACAAAGAAAUAUGCUGCGAAAAUAGUAUCAGAACAGCGAUCAUGUCAUCUUGAUAGAUGGAUUGAAACAAAUCCGAAUGAAAUAAAAAGAUUUUUUGACUUAAUUAUAUGGAUGGGAUUAGUACGAUUAUCCAAAAUUCACCUGUAUUGGAGUAGAAAUGAAGAAUAUCACCAGACAUUCCCAAAUACAGUGAUGCCGAGAAAUCGAUUUGAAUUACUUUUACGAUUCAUUCAUUUUAGUAACAAUGAAGAAAACGAUCCUAGUAAUAGAUUAUUCAAAAUUAUUCACAUUAUCGACAUAUUAAACAGAAGUUUUAAAGAAUACUAUAAUCCAGAUGAAAUAUUAUGCGUAGACGAAUCAUUGGUCCCUUUCCAAGGCCGCAUAAUAUUUCGACAAUAUUUGACUGAACGGCAUCGAUAUGGAAUUAAAGUUUUUAAAUUAUGCUGUGGUACAGGAUAUACUUAUUCUUUUCAAGUAUACUCGGGAAAAGAAAAAAAUAGAGAUAAAACAGCAGGAACCGUAUCGUCCGAGAUUGUAAUGUCUUUUUGCAAAGAUAUAUUGGGUAAAGAGCAUACUGUCUGCACAGACAACUGGUAUACGAGUGUUGAUCUGGCAGAAAAGUUAAUAGCAAAGAAUACACAUUUAAUGGGUACAUUACGGAAAAAUCGACGUGGAAAUUCAGUAGAAGUAGUAUCCAAAAAAUUAAAACGUGGAGAACUCAUUGCUCGCGAAAAUAAAUCCGAAAUAACAAUUUUAAAAUGGAAAGAUAAAAGAGACGUAUUGAUGCUUCCAACGAAACAUUCGGCAGAAAUGACUACUGUACAUAAGAAAUUUUAUUCGUGUGAAAAUCCAAAAAUGGUUGUGGAAUAUAAUCUAGGAAAAUCAUCAGUCGAUUUAUCAGAAAUGAUAACUUAUAAUUCACCACUACGCAAAACUUUAAAGUGGUAUAGAAAAUUAGCAAUGAAACUGUUAUUGAAUACAUGUAUGGUAAAUUCAAUGAUAUUAUUCAAAAAAGUAACAAAAAGAGAUAUUCAAAUUUCCGACUUCAGAAUGAAAGUUGCAUUGUAUUUAACAAAAUGUGAUAAUGAUGCUGAAGUUUCCAUUUCUCCACGUGAAAGCUUGCUGAGAAAACCACGACAUAAAUUAAAAGCAAUGUCGGGAAAAGCUCGAAUGGUGCGAAGAUUUUGCAAAAUUUGUUACCAAAAAAAUUCAAAGAAGCUCGGAAGAAUAAUUGCAAAAAACUGUAGCAAAAAAGUCGUGACAUAUUGUAAAGACUGUGCUGGUUCAUCCUUUCUUUGUUUAGAAUGUUUCAAUACGACACAUCGUAACGUACGCACAUAA